ACGACCUGGGGCGGGCUGUACUUGUCUGAAGUGGCCUGUGUAAUGUAUUUAAAUGCACCUAGACUUCACUGCAAGACUUGAUGCUUGGAUGCCGCGUUUCGGCAACAUUGUUGCGCUCCUCAAAGUAAGAAAGUAGCCAGCUUGCGCUGUUGUUUUAUUUCGCCUCAGCAGACUUGUAACAAAUUGGCUACAUUUGUAGCAGCGGGCUAAAUACGGCUUGCUACUUAGCUCACGUAGCUUCUCUCCGCAACAGCUGAUCUGUCCUCAAACAUCCUACUGAUGGACGUGUACAGCUACGUGUGCGUUCUGCUCCUCUGCUCUUGUGUAGCGCUCGGUAAACCAACGCUAAGAAAAGAACGCGUCCACCAUGACCCGUUAGAACUAAUUAAGCAAGCCAACGAAGACAAUCAGAGCUUCCAAUUCGAUCAUGAGGCCUUUCUGGGAAAGGAGGACGCUACUACUUUCGACCAGCUUACCCCGGAGGAGAGCAAAGACAGGCUUGGUAAGAUAGUGGAGCGGAUAGACGGUGAUGGAGAUGGCUAUGUCACCAUCACUGAACUGAAGGCCUGGAUCAAGCGGGUGCAGAAGCGUUACGUCUACGAGAACGUGGCCAAGGUGUGGACAGAUUACGACCUCAACAAAGACAACAAGAUCUCCUGGGAUGAGUACAAGCAGGCUACCUAUGGCUACUACCUGUCGAACCCAGAGGAGUUUGAAGAGGCCACAGACCAGUUCAGCUUUAAGAAGAUGCUGCCCAGGGACGAGAGGAGAUUUCAAACAGCUGAUCUGAAUGGAGACCUGGCAGCUGAUAGAGAAGAGUUCACCUCCUUCCUCCACCCAGAGGAGUUUGACCACAUGAAGGACAUCGUGGUCCAGGUUAGUGUUCCAGAUCUGCACUGA